AUGAGGCCCCUGGACGCCUGGUGCUGGGUGGCCGUGCUGCUCCUCCUGCUCUUCUCCGACGGCACCGGCGGCCGCCGCGGGGCGGGAGGAAGAACCGGCGGCCGAGGGGGGCCCGGGGGGCUCCGGGGGGGUUUCCGGGCCAUUUCCCGCGGCGGUGCCACCCCCGGCCGAGGCUCCAAGGUGGCCGGAGCCAUCGCAGCCGGUGCUGCCGCCGGGUACGGGAUGGGCCUUUUGGGGCGCCCGCGACCGUCCCGUCUGGGCCACGGCAUCCCCGGGGCCCGGCAGCCCAACCCGGCCGGGGGGUUUCAUGCCCCGAGUUGGCCGGACUUAGGUGGCAAGAGAGGAACCCCCAGCCGAGCCCCCCGGGGAGGCGGCAUCGGCCCCGCUCUGCUGCUGCUGGUGGCCCCCGCCCUGGGUUUGGUCGCCCAGCGGCUGCAGCGCUGA